AUGGCAUCCUUGGAGACCCAGCAGACUGGCUUGGCUUCAGAUGAGCGAUUAUUUUCACUCUCGCUCUUCAUUGCACACCGGGUCCACAGAGGACAGAAGUUUCUAGGUUUUGUAACUUGCUUAACUUGUUUAAAAAAUGAGGCUCCAACCCUCAAGGAGCAGCUGAUUGUUAAUCUUCUUAAGGAAGAAUGGGUCCCCCAGAACAAGAUUACAGUUGUUGGGGUUGGUGCUGUUGGCAUGGCUUGCGCCAUCAGUAUCUUAAUGAAGGACUUGGCCGAUUAGCUUGCCCUUAUUGAUGUCAUGGAAGACAAGCUAAAGGGAGAGAUGAUAGAUCUCCAGCAUGGCAGCCUUUUCCUUAAGACACCAAAAAUGGUCUCCAGCAAUGACUAUAGUGUGACUGCAAACUCCAAGCUGGUCAUUAUCACAACGGGGGCCUGUCAGCGGGACGGAGAGAGCCGGCUCAGUUUCGUCCAGCGAAACGUGAACAUCUUCAAGUUCAUCAUUCCGAACAUUGUAAAGUACAGUGCACAAUGCGAGGUGCUCAUCGUCUCAAAUCCAGUGGAUAUCUUGACCUACGUGGCUUGGAAAAUCAGCGGCUUCCCCAAAAGCAGAGUUAUUGGAAGUGGUUGCAAUCUGGAUUCAGCUCGGUUUCGGUUUCGUUUUCGUUACCUGGUGGCUGAAAGGCUGGGAGUUCACCCGCUGAGCUGUCACGGGUGGGUCCUAGGAGAGCAUGGUGACUCCAGUGUGCCUGUGUGGAGUGGUGCGAACGUUGCCGGCGUCUCCCCGAAGUCUCUGAACCCAAAACUUGGUGCGGAUGCAGACAAGGAGCGGUGGAAGGAUAUUCACAAGCAGUUGGUUGUCAGUGUAUAUGAGGUGAUCGAGCUGAAAGGUUAUGCAUCCUGGGCCAUUGGCCUCUCUGCGGCAGACUUGGCCCAGAGCACAAUGAAGAACCUUAGGCGGGUGCAUCCCAUUUCCACCAUGAUGAAGGGUCUCUGUGGAACCAGUGAUGACGUCUUCCUCAGCGUCCCGUGUAUCCUGGGACAAAAUGGAAUCUCAGAUGUUGUGAAGGUGACACUGACUCCUGAGGAGGAGGCCCACCUGAAGAAGAGUGCAGAUACCCUCUGGGCAAUCCAGAAGGAGCUGCAGUUCUAAAGUCUUCCCAGUGUCCUGGCACUUCACUG